UGGGGUCCCCUCUGUUUCAUCAUCUCCGUUGGUGGUGGGCAGUCGACUGGAAGUAGAAGACUUCCGAAACCGUUUGCCGCCAUCCUGUGGGGUCCUACCCUACGACGACAUACACCUUCGAUUGGAGCCAUUAUCGGAAAAUCCUGGACUUCCUCAAGUCUUGUGGGUUCCGAGACAUGAGAUGUACUUUAGGGAGGGUGCAGGCGGGGGAGGAGGAGGACAACGAGGACGAGAGGAGGGCGGUCAAGGGUCGAGAGAAGGACGACAACAGUGAUAUGUCGGCCAUGGACGUGCGAAGACAGGAGGAGCGUGCGGGUGGCAAGAUGAGGGGGGGGAAGGCCGUCGACGAGGACAGUACUCCGAACGAGGUCGACGAUGACGAUAACGACGUGGACAUUGGAGCCUCUCUUGAUGGGGGUCUGAUGGCUGGUGGGCGACUCGAGCGAUGGAAGGACCUGUUCGACCACUUCGGCGUUGACAAUGUCGACGCCAUUUGCACGGACUCCCCACUGGCACAUGUGACUGCUUCUAAGCUCCUCGCGAAGGAGGAGCUCAAGUACAGCCGCAUCACUUGGCUUCCUUGUGCGGUUCAUGUCUGCAACUUGUUGUUGUCAGGCAUCGCGAAGGAUGGCACAAAUGAGAAGAUUGGAAAAGGGGAGGACACUAUCAUCAAGGCUCGAGCGGUUGUGCGUUUCAUCAGAGAGCAUGGGGCUGCUCCCAGCCUUUAUCAACAAUACUCUGCCGCACGCCCAUCUUCCGCCUCCGUAGCCGCGCCCAGUUCCAGCACUGCACCUGCACCGGCUCACCGUCGAGGCAGAGAACUCGCGUACCCCGCACAGACGAGGCUUGCCACUCACUAUUUGAUGUUGGAGAGGUUGUUGGAUCGUCGUCGAGCGCUGGAGGCAUUGAUGGUGAACGAUGAUUGGUUGAGGACUGCAUGGAGGAGUUCCAUUUUCUUGCAGGCUAAGUGGCUGGCGAAGUUCCACAUUCGGGAGGGCGAUUGGACGUAUGAUGGAGGGGUUGAUGGUGACAAGGAUGCGGCCUCCUGCAGAGGGGAGAAGGAGACGUCGCAGGUCGGGCAGGGGUGGGUGCAACACGGUGAUGGGGUCCCUCUCGUUCAGACUUACUCCAUUCACCUGACGCACACAUGGACAUGCGUUGCUCCAGCGGAGAGGAACUGGACCGUCCAUGAGCGUGUUCAGGUGAAGAGGCGUAACAGGCUUGGUUUCAUCAAGCUCACUCGAUUGGUGGAGAUCUCCACCAACUUGAGAUUGAUUCGUUGUCAGGGGAGGGGUUCAGGGUAUGUUCUGCCAUGGGAGGACGAUGAGGAGGAGGCAGAGGAGGCUCUUCCUCCGCCUCGUGAUGAGGGUGUUCGGCCCGACGACCGAGUCACAAAGGCGCAGCAUGACCAGCACAUGCAGCGCGGGCAGAGGGAUCGCCUUUCGAAGGCAUCACCCAACGUUGAAACGUAUUUUGGUUGUUGCGUUACCGUGCUCAUGCCGAUCGAGCAGGACUCCGUCUACGAUCCUGAGUCUGAUCCUAUGGUUCAAGACUCGAUUGAGGCGGAGCCAUGGUCCGAUCCAGACGACCUUGCGGUGGAGUCAGAGCACGGAGGGUCUGAUGAGGAUCGUGACGACGCUCCUCUCACCGAGUUGACGCCUCCUCGGACGCAUGGUUUUACUACAGCCUUUGCGUCGCCUCCCCCUCCACCUCGACCUUUGACUCCUCGUGACGUUCCACUGCGAGGCCCUGAGGACCAAGUCGGGGGCAUGAUUCUGCCCCCUCCGACGGAUCGUCGUGAACAUGGCAAGCAAGGAAGUGGGGGGAAUGUUGAGGAGGAUGACGACGAGGGCGAUGAUGUUAGGGGGGGGUACGAGGGCAGCAGUAAGGACGAUGAUGAUCCCGGCUAUUCACCAACACGCCCACGUGACGACGACGACGAGGGCGCCGAUGGUAUGCAGCCAGCGGGCGUUUUACGGAGGUCCGAUAGACGUCGUGAUGACCAAUGGAGUGGUGCCGGCACAGGAGGUAGCGGGGCUGGUGUUGGGGUUGCGGGGCACGUAGGUGGUGCAGGCCGUGCUGGGGGUGGACAGACGAGAGGUUGGUGCAGCGUCUGCACAGAACGGAUGCUCGAGACGGGUGAUGGUGAGGGUCAUCGUACGGCGAAGGAUGCAAAGGUUGAGUGUAGCGGUGUUGUUGGUGGGGAAGCAGGCGACGGACCUCCAUCACCAGUUCAGGGUGUUUGUGUAUUGCCAUCCGCAGGAGCCUUGUCAGCGGGGGAGUUAGAGUGGCAUGUACGACAAGAACCAUUGCGGACAGAUCGACGCGGACGGAUGGAUGAGGCAUCAAGGAGGGCCAUGGCAGGGGUCCUAGCUUAUGUGUCGUGCAACCCGUCAGUGCCAUCGUCUACGACAUACGUCAUCCCGCCUACACAUGUUGAGGGUCCAGGCCUGACACUGAAUCCCACAUCGGCACCUGGUGAGGAGUCUCUGUCUCCCAAGUCACAGAAGAAGGAGAUGAGAGUAGGAAAAAGUCUUAGUACUGUGAGGAGGGGCGGGGUUAAGGCAGCAAUACAGGGAGGGAUUCAUGCUCCGGACACGGCGCACGGACCAGUAGGUAGCACGGGUGAUGGGGAUGGUAUCACAGGUGUGGCACCUCAGCGGAAGAGGAAGGACAUUGUGGACAACGACGAUGUUUAGUCCCACCAUUAGUCUUAUUUUGUCCUCCAUUUUGUAAUUGUAUAUAGUACCUUUAGUUCUUCACAUUAGGUCAUGUGUUCAUAGGUGCAGUAGGUACAGGUCGUCAUGAUCAUCAUAUGUGUUGGUAUACAGGUUUGUUGUUGUUGUUGUUGUUGUUGUUGUUGUUGUUGUUCCUUUUAUUUUUCUAUCAAUGUUUCAGAUGAUUGCACACUUUCUUCAUACAUUGUUUCACUGAGUUCAGUCUCCAUGCUUCUUUUAUUGUUCUGUGUUUACGGUGCAGUUGUUUCACUGUGUGUUUCGUUGGCCUCUCGUGUUCUUGUUUCGAAAUUCUGCAAUGAAUGUUACUCACAGAU